GUGAGACUUCAAAGACACAUGUUAGUGCCCCGUUAUGAGUUUAUAGUUACACACUACAAUGUAGACUCGAUAUUAUAACGGUGUUACAUUUGUCGUAUUUAUUGUGGGUGACCCAUUUUACAACAUUAUUUGUUGUAAACAUUAUAUAAUGCCGCUCUUGAACGCGCCCUGAACAUAUGCGGUGGGAGGGGCUGCGCACGGCCCCUUCUGCAACAACUGUCAGAGAGGUACAACAAGAGAAGUGAUGUAUCACUCUUCAUCGUUUUCGGUGCACUCGUCGGAGUGCGUCUCCUAAUAUAUGGGGGUUGUUUGAAUUAGUCACGAGCGCGUGCGCACCGACCGGCUACUUUAACAGCCUCCGCUACACCUGACACACCUGACGUCACAAUUACAAAUCCACCGAGCGGAAACGCAAUCACAAAUUAUAAGGACCGCCUCGUCUGUUGGCCCCGCCCCCUCUCUGACGAGCCCGGAAGUGAACCCUUCACAAUAACAUGUGCGUCCCCGUGUCCGUGUUGUUGUGCGUGUCCUUCGUGCUGCUGGACCUCCUCGUCUCCUCCCUCCUCUUCGCUCACGGCUCUCGCUGGGCGGCGUUCCUCGAGGAGCUCGUGGCCUUCGACGUCCUCCGGUCGGCGUUGGACCUCUGGGGCGCGGCGCUCCUCAGGGCCGCCCUCCUGCUGGGCGCCUGCGUCGGCGUCUCGUGGAACAGACGCGACGGCCCGCCGAGGGUCGCCAAGGUCGCCGCCCCGGUCCUCUUCGUCGCCCUCGUCCUCGUCACCUACGCCCUGGCCAAGCUGCUGAUGCUCAGCGAGCUGGAGCCCGCCUCCCGCCAGCCCUGGGCCCUCGGCCUCGUGGGGUGGACCUGCGCCUCCUCCCUGGGCGUCGUGCCGCUCUGGACGCUGCUGGGGAAGGAGUCCCACGUCAUCCCCAUCGGCAGCAGCAGCAGAGGAGGAGGAGGAGGGGGUGAGGACACGGAAAGGCUGGUGGAGACAGCUGGUGAGGAGGAGAAGGAGGUGGGCUGUGAGACGAGGAAGAAGAAGGAGGAGGAGGAGGAAGGGAGAAGCCACGAGAAGAGCGGCUCCGGGGCGACGCUGGGCCGCCUGCUGGGCUACUGCAGGAAGGACGGCGGCCUGCUGUCCGUCGCCAUCCUCUUCCUCAUCAUCUCCGCCGUGUGCGAGGCCUUCAUACCGUACUACUACGGGAAGGCAAUAGACGGCAUCGUGGUUCACCAGAGCAUGGAGUACUUCGUCAAGCCCGUGGUCACGCUGGCCGUCCUGGCCGUAGCCAGUUCUCUCGCUAUGGGGGUUCGCGGAGGAGUCUUCACCCUGAUGUUCGGCAAACUGAACCUGCGGCUCAGGAACCAUCUCUUCAGAACUCUGAUGAGGCAGGAGAUUGGCUUCUUCGAUCACAACCACACAGGUGACAUCAUUUCCCGGCUGUCUGCCGACACCACCCAGGUGAGCGACCUCAUCUCCGUGAACAUCAACGUCUUCAUGCGCAGCGUCAUCAAGGGCGCCGGCUUCUCCGCCUUCAUGUUCAUGAUGUCCUGGAAGCUCACGCUGGUGGCCGUCAUGGGCCUCCCCUUCAUCGGCCUGGUCUCCAAGUACUAUGGCGACUACUACAAGAAAUUGACAAAAGAGGUGCAGACGAUCCUGGCGGAGGCCAAUAAAGUGGCGGAGGAGACCAUCUCGGCCAUGCGGACGGUGCGGAGCUUCGCCAACGAGGGCGGGGAGGCCGACUCCUACUACGACAAGCUGCUGGUCAUGUUCCAGCUCAACAAGAAGCAAGCGCUGGCCUACGCCGGCUACGCCUGGUCCAGCUCGCUCUCGGAGCUCGCUUUAGAGGUUGCCAUCCUCUACUAUGGCGGCCAUCUUGUUGUCACCGGGCAGAUGAGUGGCGGUACCUUGAUAUCUUUUUUCAUCUACAUGCUGGAACUGGGAGAAUGUCUGGAGAGCGUUGCGUCGGUGUACACGGGCCUCAUGCAGGGAGUCGGGGCCGCCGAGAAGGUUUUCGAGUACCUGGACAGGAAGCCCAAACAGCCGGCGGCGGGCACGGAGGCUCCGGACACGUGCGCCGGCGUGGUCGAGUUUCAGGACGUCACGUUCGCCUACCCGACGCGGCCCGACGUCGAUAUUCUCAAGGGCGUGUCCUUCACCCUGCGGCCCGGCAAGGUCACCGCCCUCGUGGGACCCUCGGGCAGCGGGAAGAGCUCCUGUGUGAGUCUGCUGGAGAACUUCUACCUUCCCCAGAAAGGCCGAGUGCUGCUGGACGGGAAGCCCGUCCACACCUACCGCCACGACUACCUCCACUCCAAGGUAGGCCUGGUGGGCCAGGAGCCCGUGCUGUUUGCCCGGACGGUGGAGGAGAACAUCACCUACGGCCUGACGGGCGUCCCCAGGGAGGCGGUGGUGCAGGCGGCCAUCAAGGCCAACGCCCACGAGUUCAUCUCCGCCCUGCCGACCGGCUACCAGACAAAUGUUGGAGAGAAAGGCACCCAGCUGUCCGGUGGGCAGAAACAACGGGUGGCCAUUGCCAGAGCUCUCAUCCGCAGCCCCCGAGUUCUGAUCCUGGACGAGGCGACCAGCGCCCUGGACGCGGAGAGCGAACACAUCGUCCAGACGGCUCUGCACGACGUCAUGCGGGAGCACGCGGUGCUGGUGGUCGCCCAUCGGCUCAGCACGGUGGAGAGGGCGGACAACAUCGUGGUGAUCGACCGCGGCCGCGUGGCGGAGCAGGGCUCCCACGCCCAGCUGAUGGCCUCCGGGGGGCUCUACUGCAAGCUGGUGCAGAGGCAGGUGUUGGGCAUCGAGACGGGGGCGGAGCUCCUCAACCCGGCCGAAGGCGUCGGCGGACGGCCGCGGAGAAGACAAAGCAGCAGCAGCAGCGCGGGAGGAGGAGAAGGGGACCCUGAAUGCAACAUGCGUUACUGAGAAUGGACUGGGAAUGGACUGAUGCAUGAGUUUCAGAGAAGUUUGGGAUUCUAUGAGAUUCAUGUGUACGAAUAAUUUAUGCACUUUUGGUCUUUAAGGUAAAUGAACAGUUCGGAAUACAGGAAAAUACCAACGUAAGUGGCAUUUUGAAGAUUAAAAAGAUAGUUGAGUGUAUGAAAACAUAUUAUAUAUUGAGGGAUGGCAUUGCCACUGGAAUUACAACUUGAAUGAAUGUCCAAUGUCGCUAUCGGCGUUAAUAGGAGGCGGUGUGUAGCCGUUGAAUACUGCACAAUGUUGCUUGUUCUUUUUAAAACGUCAUUACAAUCCAGACGGAUACAUUAUUGUUUUACUGAAGUCUUCCUCAGUAUUUGUUUAGCUUUUAUCCAGCUUUAACAUGCUUCAGUAAGCGCUGUGAUGACUGCAAAGAAAUGACAGGUGCAAAAAAAAAAAUCCGGUCCAGAGAUAUGUGAUAUGUCAGGGAUCUGUAAAUAAACUGCACGUUGGCCUUUAUGUAAACAAACAUGUGAGAAAUAACACCAGAUGCUGCAUUCAAUGUCUCCUCGUAAAUACCCCCACCCCCAAUCAGACAUCGGUCGUCUGUUGUUUCGUCGCUGCACAAUGCAGAGGAAGCGGUGAGGCCUUCAACUGACGGAUUGGAUGAUAUCUUAAUAUAUUUAAAUGAAUAAAGAAGAAACAAGUUC